GGGACCGCAGAAACAUCCGCCCAAACAUCAUUCUUGUUCUUACCGAUGAUCAGGAUGUAGAACUUGGUUUUGACUCCUGGUUGCAUCAAUGUGCCCUGUAUCAAAUCAACUCACUGUUGCAAUUUCAUAAUGAAAUCUCUACCUAAAGAGCUUAGAAGAAAUCUAAACCCAUUAUUGAUGGAAACAACAUACAGUUUGUGCCAGAUGGUUGCAGGAUGCAUUGAUUAAAACUGAACCAUUAAUCCAACCCAACCUUGGGUUCUAUGCAAGUGAUGAAUAAAACGAGGCGGAUCAUGGAACAGGGAGGUGCCCACUUCAUCAAUGCUUUUGUGACAACACCAAUGUGCUGCCCAUCCCGCUCUUCUAUUCUCACCGGAAAAUAUGUCCACAAUCACAACACCUAUACUAACAAUGAGAACUGCUCCUCUCCAUCCUGGCAAGCUCAGCAUGAAAUACGCACAUUUGCAGUGUACCUCAAUAACACGGGAUACAGGACAGCUUUCUUUGGAAAGUACCUUAAUGAAUAUAAUGGCUCCUAUGUGCCUCCUGGCUGGAAAGAAUGGGUUGGAUUACUUAAAAAUUCUCGUUUUUACAACUACACGCUCUGCAGAAAUGGAGUAAAGGAGAAACAUGGAUUUGACUACUCCAGGGAUUAUCUGACUGAUCUAAUCACCAACGACAGUGUUAGCUUCUUCAGAAUCUCGAAGAAGAUGUAUCCGCAUAGACCAGUAUUGAUGGUUAUCAGCCAUGCUGCUCCACAUGGUCCUGAGGAUUCAGCCCCUCAGUAUUCACAUCUGUUUCCCAAUGCUUCACAACAUAUUACUCCUAGUUAUAAUUACGCUCCCAACCCAGACAAGCACUGGAUAAUGAGAUAUACUGGUCCCAUGAAACCUAUUCACAUGGAGUUUACCAACAUGUUACAGAGAAAACGCCUGCAAACACUCAUGUCUGUGGAUGAUUCAAUGGAAAUGAUUUAUAAUACACUGGCUGAAACAGGUGAACUGGACAAUACUUAUAUAAUAUAUACAGCAGACCAUGGCUAUCAUAUUGGACAGUUUGGACUGGUGAAAGGGAAGUCCAUGCCUUAUGAGUUUGAUAUCAGAGUUCCUUUUUACGUGCGAGGUCCAAAUGUGGAGGCCGGUUCUUUGAAUCCUCACAUUGUAUUGAACAUUGAUCUUGCUCCUACAAUUCUAGAUAUUGCAGGCUUGGACAUCCCACCUGACAUGGAUGGUAAAUCCAUUUUAAAACUGCUGGAUUCCGAGAGACCAGUCAAUAGGUUCCAUUUAAAGAAAAAGAUGAAGGUGUGGAGAGACUCAUUCCUAGUGGAGAGAGGUAAACUGUUGCACAAAAGGGAAAAUGAGAAAGUGGAUGCUCAGGAAGAAAACUUCCUGCCUAAAUACCAGCGGGUUAAAGACCUCUGCCAGCGAGCUGAAUAUCAAACUGCCUGUGAACAGCUUGGGCAGAAAUGGCAGUGUGUGGAAGAUGCCAGCGGGAAACUCAAGCUGCACAAGUGCAAAGGGAUGGCCAACCUGGCAGCCAUGGGCAGCAGCAAGGGGAUCUCCAACCUUAUGCCCAAGUAUUACAGCAGGAACAGCGAAGACUGCAACUGUGAAGAGAACGAGUAUAAGCUGAGCCCAAUUGGACGCAGAAAGAAACUCUUCUCCAAGAAGAAGUAUAAACCAAGCUACAUCCGGAAUCGUUCUGUCCGCUCUGUGUCCAUUGAGCUGAAUGGAGAGGCUUAUAAUUUGGGUUUGGAGGAUGGGUACCAGCCUGUCUUCCCAAGGAAUAUCACAAAAAGGCACAAACUCCAGAGGGAUGUGGCACGAGAAGAGGACGACAAGGACAUUGGGGAAUACAGUGGCACAGGAGGCCUUGCAGAGUACACAGCCCCUAAUCUGAUCAAAGUGACACACAGAUGCUACAUCCUGGAGAAUGAUACUGUUCAGUGUGACACAGAUCUGUACAAGUCACUGCAGGCUUGGAAGGACCAUAAACUUCAUAUUGACCAUGAGAUUGAAACACUGCAAAAUAAAAUAAAAAACCUAAGGGAGGUGAGAGGUCAUCUGAAGAAGAAGCGACCAGAGGAAUGUGAUUGUAACAAGAUAAGUUACCAUUCCAAACACAAAGGCAAACUGAGGCACAAAGGGUCUAGUCUCCAUCCUUUCAAGAAAGCCCUGCAGGAGAAGGACAGGCUGUGGCUGCUGAGAGAGCAGAGGCGGAAGAAGAAGCUGCGCAAACUGCUGAAAAGGAUCAAGAACAACGACACGUGCAGCAUGCCCGGCCUGACCUGCUUCACCCAUGACAAUCAGCAUUGGCAGACGGCCCCCUUGUGGACGUUGGGUCCUUUCUGUGCCUGUACCAGUGCCAACAACAACACAUACUGGUGUAUGAGGACAAUCAAUGAGACGCACAACUUCCUGUUUUGUGAAUUUGCUACUGGUUUCCUGGAGUAUUUUGAUCUCAACACUGACCCAUAUCAGCUGAUUAAUGCAGUGAACACACUAGAUAGAGAUGUUCUUAACCAACUGCAUAUCCAACUCAUGGAGCUAAGAAGCUGCAGAGGGUAUAAACAGUGCAACCCGAGAACUAGGAAUAUGGACCUGGGGCUUAAAGAUGGAAGCUACGAGCAAUACAGGCAGUUUCAGCGUCGAAAGUGGCCAGAAAUGAAAAGACCGUCAUCUUCCAAGUCACUAGGACAACUGUGGGAAGGAUGGGAGGGCUAACCUCCUGCAACUGUUGGACCUCAGUGAGGAUAUAAAACUGGCCAGAACUUGAAUCCUUGUACAGACUAAAUGAAAGUGUGUAUAAUUUCAGAAGGAAUUUUAACAUUAGCCUGGAAGACUGGAUGAACUUUAGGGCUGAGGUAGCUAGAACGUUUGCACUGUUGAGUGAUUUAAAAAGAUGCAGUGAUUUUUGGGGAACUACUUUCAGGAAUACAGACAACUUUUUGAAAGCCACUGUUGCACCUGCUUUUACUUUGGAUUAUAACCUCACCUGCUUCACAAAACAUUUUACUUCAAAAAAAACACCACUAAGGCUGUUCAAGGAAUUGAUGGAAGAAAUAAUGAGGCUGUGCUCCCAAGAGGACUGACAUCCCAAAGAGCAACUCACACACAGAGUAAUUUCAGUGGAAGCAAAUUGAAAACCUCUCUCUCUCCAGCUACAUCUUCAAAAAUCAUUAGAAAAAAACUAAGCCAAGUAUAACCAAAAAGCAAGAUUUAAAAAACACAGACACUUCUGCUUUCAAGGCAAAGCAAGUACAAAAGAUGUCAGUGGACAAGAACGAUUUAGCAAUUCAGGAAUUCAUAUGAACAGCAUUAAAAGGUUCUCAACACCAUGAUACUCCUCAAGGUCUCUUUCAAGAAUAUCAUUUUAGCUCACUGUCCAUGCAUCCGUCCUAUUGCAACCUCAAGCAAAAAUAAGAGAAAAUCUCAACUAAGAAGCCAGAUUUCCUGAGGGGUUCUGUAAAUACUUAUUAAUGUCCUGUUCAAAAGAAAUUCCUUCAAGUUGCGAAGAAUUUUGUUAAUAAAGAAGUGUGGAAUGCCCAAAUAUAAUUUCUCAAAAUGUUACCUUGUUUACUUGUUAAUAUUGCAUAAGACAUUUCAGAAUUUAUCCAUUUCUAAAACACUGCCAAAAUGCAGUUAAUGUAUGUCUUGAAUUUUAAUGAAAUCAGAUUUGUAUGAAGUCUUUUUAUGUGGAAGAUUAUAUUGUAUGUUCAAAACCAAAACAGUUUCUUUGAGAAAGCACAUGUUUCCUUAGUAGUAUAACUUUUACAUUUGUAAAAAAGAACAAAAAACAGUUAUUCUCUCUUGUGGCCAAUUAAAAAAACCCAACAAAACUAGUUAUAGCUCAGUGUACAAAAAAUAAGAACUUCUGAAUGACUUAAAUGUUUAUAAUCUACUUUAAAUAUUAGGCAAGGGUUGCCACUGUCAUUUGAUUAAAUGUAUAAAGAGCA